AUGAUGUAAGGAAAUAAUUAGAGAUUCGUAUAGGUAAAAAACUCUUAAAUACUUAAGGAGUAUGCUUACAAAGAGGAUUAAAAUUAUCCAGCAAGAUUUAGCAUGGAAGAUGCUCAUUUUAUUGUAGACGAUGCCUUUAAUGAUGGACUUAUAGGAUUUUAUGGUGUUCUUGAUGGACACGGAGGCUCAGAAGUAGUUGAAAGUUGUGUGCAAUUUAUUCCUGAAAUUUUCAAGAAAGAAUAUAAGAAAGAAGUCCCAGUUAAAGAAUUAUUCACUUAGAUUUUUAAAAAAACUGAUGAUAAAUUAAGAUUAGUUGGAGCUAGUGACUAAGGUGCCUGUGCUUGUAUAGCUUUAGUAAGAAAAGAAGGUUUAAAUGAUAUGAAAUGUUAUGUUGGUAACCUAGGUGAUACAAGAGCAGUUUUAUGUGAAAAUGAUAAAGCUGUUAGAGUUUCAACUGACCACAAGGCAACAAAUGAUUAAGAAAUAAAAAGAAUUAAGGAUAUGGGUGGUAUGAUAAUUAGAGGAAGAGUUUCAGGAUCAUUAGCUGUAACAAGAGCUCUAGGAGAUUUAGAUUUAAAGACAGAGGGAGUUUUGAACGUGCCUGAUGUUUAAGAUUUUAUGAUCACAAGCAAAACUUAAUAUUUAAUUCUUGCAUCUGAUGGGCUAUGGGAUGUUGUUGAUGACUAAAAAGCAAUAGACCUCUGUAAAAAUAUGACUGAUACUGGAGAAAUGGCUAAAAAAUUAGUUAAAUACGCUGUUGAUAAUGGAUCAAGAGAUAACACUUCUGUGAUGAUUUUAAAGUUUAAUUGA